GGAGAGAAACUAGUUCCAUUACAUGUCUCGUGAUACCGCGAAGUCCACUUCUUUGUGAUGCAAACGCUUGCAGGAAUUCUUUCAUGGAAGAAGGCAAAGAGAUGAUAAGGGCAAAAGUAGAAGAAUCCGAAGCCGAAGAUGGGGAAGCAUUGAAAGUGUGGGACUGCGGGAGCCCUUUGUAUGAUGCCUUCGAGUUGGUGUCGCUCAGUCACGUCAUAGAGAGGCAUCUCAUGGCUUUCCCUUGCGACAGAAAAUCGAGAUCGCAAAACAACCGUGCUCACGUCACAUCGGCCUCUUGCAUCGAGGAUGCAAACAAGGCGUGUAAAGUCCCGUCCUGGCGAGAAAUUUUGAGGAAGAGGAUGUGGAAGAGGUUCAGAAUGAGCAGACGCGGCAAGGAAGACCAAAAGAAACUGAAAGUCGGUCCUGAUCGUGGCUUCUCUUGCAAGAUUAUGUGGACGAAGAUUGUUCGACAUAAGCAAAACCGAACAGGUACGUGAUGAACAUAUGCCACGCCAUUGCCGACUCUCUGUAUUGAGAAGAUGAAGAGAAUGAAAGAAGGAUGAAGAAUGAACAAGAAACUUUCGGAUUCACUUCUCUCUCUGUGUAUUCAAGGCACAAAUGUUCAUCUCAGAACACGUUUCAAUGGCUUGCUCUGUUUUUCUAUUUA